AUGAGUAUUCUAUCGCACAGUUAUUUUCAGUUCUACAGAGCUAAUUAUUAUUACUUCGUUCAUCAAUUUUUCAGAGGAGAACCGGAGCGGAAAAAAAAUGAAGGUGCUCCGCGCUGCACAACGGCAAAUUGUUGCUUACAUGAUCCAAAAAUAUCGGAGCAAAGUCCAUUUUCUACUAAUGAUGAAGCGAUAAAAGACAAACGUAACCCAAUUUCUGAUGGACAAGAUGGAGUGAUGAAAACGAGCAUGAUUUGGAAUGCAAUAAAACCAACAACAAUAAUUUCUGUAGUGUUCAAAAAGCUGAGUCUGUUUCAGAAGCUUUGCAAAGAAUAUGUUAAUCAAAUGAUAGACAUGUUACUUUAUUUCUGUAAUAACUUGUGUGGCAUUAUUGUGCAUAGUUUUAUCAUCAUGACAUAUAUGAUCGGUUGGACUAUUCAUGGUGAUGAGCAAAAAAAAAUUAAAACGUAUGGAAUCACCUCUCAACUAAAUCUAGCCAAGGAAAAAUGUGUGGAACUGCUUCAUGAAAAAGUCCGGGAAGAACCACAACAUAAUCGACAAAACCAAAGCACUGAAGUAGUUCUGAAGAAAACAUCACAAUGUGAGCAAUCAACAGUAGAAGCUGGAGAAUUCUACUCCACAAAACAGAUUUUUUCUCAAAGCCUUAUUAGACCUACAUCGGAAGAUUCAUUUAAAGCUAAUUCUGCCGAACUACUUUCAUCACUAUCAUCAACACAGUCACCACCUUCAUCUUUUCAUCGCUCCCAGUUCUCACCACCAUUUGCCAGGGUUCUAACCACAGUCUCAAAAGAUGAUGGAAAAGUACCACCAAAAGGUGGGGUUGCUGUUCUCCCAUUUGAUAUCACAGUUGAAGCUCAUGCUCGAAUUAAAGAACGUGAACAAAAACUGAGCGAACAAAAAUAUGAGUUAUUCCAGAAUAACAAAAUGGAAACAGAUUGGACAGUCACUAGCAGAAAGUCGAUCUGGAAAAUGCCAACAUCAAAAACGAAUAAUUGCUCUGAAACCGGUAGCAAAAUAAUUGGAGACCAAAGUAAUGCCAUGUUGAAACCUGUCGGAACAAAUGUAUCUAGAGUAUCAAGACCAUCUGAUCCAGAAGAAGCACAGUUCAUUUUUCGUCUUCCUACUCCUCAAAAUAUUUUUUCAAAUGGCUCAACUAAUAGUAAUUUAUUAAUGGGUCCGAGCGUCUUCUCACCAGUGCGAGAAGCAGAAGAAAUGCGUAAUGAAGUGAAUCGACGACUCUCAGAAACACCUUCGGAACUUUGUUUAAGUUUACGUUCGAAUACUUCACUUGAUGAUCUUCAUGCGACAUCAUGCACAAAUACAGCAUAUGAUGCGUUGAAUAGUGAUGUGCUGAAUUUGGUCUCAACUUAUCCUACAAGUCGUUCAUGCUCACAAUCUCGACUACAUACAUUUCUCCCUCCAACAGAUGCUGCUCACAAUCAUUCUCUGACAGAAAAUGUACGUAAUACAAGUACCAGCAUGCUGCGGCAACGUUCUAGAACCGUUGAACCACGAAUACUACAACGUAGCAUUAAUGUACUUACCAGGUAAAU